AGAGAUAAGCCCUGUCGACAUCCAGGUCGCCUCCAUGACAAGGAGUCAUGGACUCAUGGGGCUAGCUAGUAGACGACCGAGAGCAAGAGUGCUCACUGCAACAAGUGCAUACUGCCGCAUGGUGCACUGUGCAAGCUGACAGAUCACAGAUCCACGUCUGCACACCACCGGUGACUGCUGCGAUGGACGGAUGGUGGAAGGAGCUGCCGAGGUGCCUGUUCGUCGCGGUCCAAAGCCACACGUCACCGUUGACUAGAGGGCCCACAUGAUCAUAUUCCGUAUCUUUUAUUAGUUUUAUGAGACUGAACUCCUUGUCUUAUAUAUACCCAUCUCCUUCAAUACACCAUUCAGCUAACAGAGGGCACACCGCACACAACUCUUCAUCAUUCUGAUCAGAGGUCCAAGGAGUAGUAGCGGUUAACGAUGGCUUCAGGCAGGCUUGCAGAGGCCGUCGAGCCUAGGAAGAAGAGCAACGUCAAGUAUGCCUCCUUCUGCGCCAUCCUCGCCUCCAUGGCCUCCAUCAUCCUCGGCUAUGACAUUGGGGUGAUGAGCGGAGCGGCGAUCUACAUCAAGAAGGACCUGCAGAUCACGGACGUGCAGCUGGAGAUACUGAUGGGCAUUCUGAACGUCUACUCGCUCAUCGGGUCCUUCGCGGCCGGGCGGACGUCGGACUGGAUCGGCCGCCGCUUCACGGUGGUCUUCGCCGCCGCCAUCUUCUUCGUGGGCGCGCUGCUCAUGGGCUUCGCCGUCGACUACGCCAUGCUCAUGGCGGGCCGCUUCGUGGCCGGCGUCGGGGUGGGCUACGCGAUCAUGAUCGCGCCCGUGUACACCGCCGAGAUCGCGCCGGCGGCAUCUCGCGGCUUCCUCACGUCGUUUCCUGAGGUGUUCAUCAACAUCGGCAUCCUGCUCGGCUACGUGUCAAACUACGCGUUCGCGCGCCUCCCGCUCCACCUCGGCUGGCGCGUCAUGCUAGGCAUCGGCGCCGUGCCGUCCGCCCUGCUGGCCCUCAUGGUGUUCGGCAUGCCCGAGUCGCCCCGGUGGCUCGUCAUGAAGGGCCGCCUCGCGGACGCCAGGGCCGUUCUGCACAAGACCUCCGACACGCCAGAGGAGGCGGCGGAACGCCUGGCCGACAUCAAGGCGGCGGCCGGCAUCCCCAAGGACCUCGACGGGGACGUGGUCACCGUGCCCAAGGAACGAAACGGCGAGUCGCAGGUCUGGAAGGAGCUCAUCUUAUCCCCAACCCCGGCCAUCCGACGCAUACUGCUCUCGGCCGUCGGCCUCCACUUCUUCCAGCAGGCUUCCGGCAUCGACUCCGUCGUCCUGUACAGCCCGCGCGUGUUCAGGAGCGCGGGCAUCUCCGACGACAACAAGCUCCUGGGCACCACCUGCGCCGUGGGCGUCACCAAGACGCUCUUCAUCCUGGUGGCCACGUUCCUGCUCGACCGCGCCGGCCGGCGGCCGCUGCUGCUGACGAGCACAGGCGGGAUGAUCGUCUCGCUCGUCGGCCUCGGGACGGGCCUCACCGUCGUGGGGCAGCACCCGGGCGCCAAGAUCCCGUGGGCCGUGGCCCUGUGCAUCCUGUCCAUCCUCGCCUACGUGUCGUUCUUCUCCAUCGGGCUCGGGCCCAUGGCGUCGGUGUACACCUCGGAGAUCUUCCCGCUGCGCGUCCGCGCGCUGGGCUACGCGGUCGGCGUGGCGAGUAACCGCGUCACCAGCGGCGUGAUCUCCAUGACGUUCCUGUCCCUGUCGAAGGCCAUCACCAUUGGCGGCAGCUUCUUCCUCUACUCCGGCAUCGCCGGGCUCGCGUGGGCGUUCUUCUUCACCUACCUCCCGGAGACCCGCGGCCGGACGCUGGAGGAGAUGGGCAGGCUGUUCGGCAUGGAGGAUACGGACAUGGCUGGAGAAGAGAGCGCCGCUGCCAAGCAGAAGGUAGUGGAAAUGCGCACGAGCUAGACGCGAAUCAACACCUGCCACGCGAAUCAAGCAUGGCUGUGGAUGAAGAAGCGUGGCCAGAUUCGCCUACCAGAUGUGAGAUGUGGUGCUUCACAUCUCAAAAAAAAAAAUGUGGUGCUUCAGGAUAGUGACGGCGAGGUCCAAUCCAAAGAUUCUGGCUCGCGGUGACCUCAUUUUUAUCCUGCCCUUUUUGCUUGUCCCAUUCGUCGUGUACUUGCGUGUGAGCGUGCGAUGGUUAGCGUCAGCGUCGCGUGUGCUUCGCAAGUUGCAAAGCAAAGCCGUUGGUUUCUUCGACAAGCCAUGUGAAUCCACAAUUUAAUCUCGACUAUGCAGUGACCAUGACUUCAGUA